AACAACAACAGCAAAUAGUAGGAAAUACUACAGAAAAAAUAAGUUAUAAAAAAUGCAAAUCUAGCGGGCAUAACAAAAUACAAGUUUAUGCAAGUGUAAAAACGCAAAAAGUUGUGCGAGAUAACUGAAGCAUUAUUUUUUUGUUGCCUAUAAACUAUAACUGUGAACUAAAGCCAAAUGACUAUGAGUUCAACUGUGUUGCUGCCAACAACAACCACAAACAACAUCGACGACGACAAGCAAAGCAGCUAAGACGCUGGAGAAACAAGCAACAACAACAACAAACAGAUCCACAAUGGCCAGAUCGCAUGAGAAAUUGCGUUUCUCGUGCAUCGACAAUAUUCGAAUUAAACAAAUAUGGAAACUAAUUGCAUUGGAUACGGCGCCCAGCAGCAACAAAGUGGAGCAGCCAAAAGGCCACAGCAACAAUAGCCACAACAACAACAACAACAACAACAACAACAAUAACAAUGAGCGCCUAUCCCUAACAUACGAGAACUGCACUAACUUGGCCGAAUAUUUAAGUCUGCAAAGAGCGCUUCAUGCACAAACCCAGUCCGAGUUACAGUCCGAACAGCAGCAGCAGCAGCAUCAACAGCAGCAACAGCAACAAAUGUCGCUGCUCAAGUUCUUGGCCAUUAACGCGCUGGAGCUGAGUGCGCCUGCCACACCGCUGCUGUUGCAACAACAGAAACCAACGCAACCCAAGCCACUCGGCUGGAUGCAGCUCUCAGGGCAUCCCGAAAGCAUUGUGCCCACCACAACGGGAAUUGUGCGCAAGCGCAUCCAGUGCAGCGAGGACAGCGAGGUGCUUGCCUAUCAGCUCAUCUCUCAGGAGCCGCAGACUUCACAAAUUGUGCCCGCCUACUUUGGACUGCGUGAGCUGCAUGCUCAGCACUAUAUUGAGCUGCAGGAUCUCUUGGCUGGCUUCAAGGAUCCCUGCGUCAUGGACAUUAAGCUCGGCUCACGCACCUUUCUCGAGUCCGAGGUCAGCAAUCAGACGCUGCGUCCUGAUCUCUAUCAGAAAAUGAUUGCUGUCGAUGCUAGCGCGCCCACUCCCGCGGAACACGAAGCUCAGGCUAUUACCAAGCUGCGCUAUAUGCUCUUCCGUGAGUCGCUCUCCUCGUCACACACCAAGGGCUUUCGCAUUGAGGCGCUGCGUCUGCGUGGACGCACACCAGUUAAGGAUUUGAAGACUUGCCGCAGCAACGAACAAAUAUCGAACACCAUUGAACAGUUCCUCGCCACACGCCGGUCCGUGCAGAAGGAACUGCUGAAGCGUCUGAAGCACAUGCGUCUGGUUAUUGAGCAGUCGCCGUUCUUCAAUCGCCAUGAGAUCAUUGGCUCCAGCAUUUUCAUAGUCUAUGACGAUCAGCGCGUGGGCGCCUGGCUCAUUGACUUUGCCAAGUCGCGCCAGCUGCCUGCCCAGCUCAGCAUCAAUCAUCGCAGCCCCUGGACGCCGGGCAAUCGCGAGGAGGGUCUGCUGCGCGGCAUGGAUGAGCUGAUACACUCCUUUGAGGAGGUCUAUGCACGCAGCAGCAGCCAUCGCGGCUGCCUUAAGAUCUAAGCUGAAGAUUGCCACGCCCACGCCCACUGCGCCCACCUAUAUAGGCAAACCAAGACUGAUUAGCAAUGCGCUUCAAUUACAUUAUUAUAUAUAUAUAUAUAUCGCAUCCUCUCCACCACCACACCCAUUCGCACCACACGCCUUAAGCAGCCGCCGCGCCACGCUUUGAUUAUUUUCCAUAUUGGAAGCAACCACUAAGCGAUCAGGCUUGCAAUCAUAGUUAUAGACAACUGUGUAUAGCUACUAUAUGUAUAGAGAACGAUUAGUAUUGAGCACACCAAGCAGCAUUUGUUUGAUUGAAAAAAACAGGUUUAACUUGUUACAUUAUAUUUAUAAACGUUUACAUAUACUAUAUAGAUAUUAAGUAUUCGCGUAGUAAAAAUGUAUCCACAAUGAAUUUCGUACGUAAGAAAUAAAAUCUCAAGCGUGUAAGCUGAAAA